AUGGUAAAGAUUAAAGAGACUCGAAUUUUGAAUAUGAGAAAGAUUUAUUAGAAUAUAAGCAUAACAUUUAUUAAUGUAACCUAUAUAAAAUUUGUGUCAUUAAUUUCCUAUGUAAUUCAAAGAUUAGGUUAAUUAUACUAUUUUGAAAUAUUUGGAGCUAUUGACAUUAAAGGCAAGUAAUAUCAAUUCAAGAUUUUAUUUUUAGAUAUGGAUUCCAACUAAAAAUGUUUAUAAUGAAAGUGACUAAUAAGAGAUUGAUGAAAUUGUGUAGAUUAUGA